UGGAAGGAGGCGUGACAAAAGCUCUCGUCACCGGACGGACUCGGCGGAGUGAUAUAUGACGUCACUACUCGCACUACGCCCCUUCAAGUUGAACAUCCUCAUCGGAGUCAGUCACUAAUAGUCAGUCUGUGUUCCCUAGUGAUCAGAACUUUGGUGAAUUGUAUUUACGAUGGCUUCAGGAGUCCAAGUAUCGGAUACAGUAAUAGAGUACUUCCAACAAAUAAAGAAGGGAAAGAUGUAUAGGUACAUAAUCUUCCACAUUAAAGAUGACAAGGUCAUUGAUGUUGAAACUACUGGAGAUAGAGACGCUAGUUAUGAUGACUACUUAAACUACCUGGUAAAUUUGGGGCCUGAACAGUGCCGUUAUGGCAUCUAUGAUUUUGAAUACGAUCAUCAGUGCCAGGGAACGACAGAUUCUACGAGGAAGCAGAAACUUUUCCUGAUGUCUUGGUGCCCAGAUACUGCCAAGAUCAAAAAGAAGAUGCUGUAUUCAUCAAGCUUUGAUGCCCUUAAACAAUCUUUGGAAGGCAUAGGAAAGUACAUACAGGCUACAGAUAUGGCCGAAGCAUCUUACGAAUGUGUUUUGGACAAGAUGCGCUCUACUGACAGAACCUAAGUUAGUGAUGGGAGGCCCCUCUGUUCUGGAGAGCCCCCGCUGUAAAUGAGGGGUCCCUUUGUCUCUACCGCCCUGUGGCCAGCUAGUCAUAUGUGGGCCACAAUCAUGCUAUCCACGCAGCAUGAAGAGAACUUUGUUUCAUUAUUUUUUAUUCACAAUUUGUUGGUGUGUGGAAAGAGUUGUGGGGAAACAGUGUUUCACCAGAAGAAAGGUUAGGCUUGAUACAAAUGCCAUGUGGGAGAGUGGACCAGCUUUAAAGUGAGGACACAUAGUCUUGACAUUAAAGCUGGUCCCAUGUGAUGUGGGAGAGGCAGUGUUUCAUGCAUUGCUACAGAGUUGGCAGAGGAGAGUUAGUAUUAAAUAUAAAUGCUCUUCCAUACGUAUUUUGUCCCAUUGUAUGUGAUCUUGGAUCUUUCACAUCUUCAUAGAUAUAAUAAGCUUUAUAUAAACAGUAUAGCCAUUUACCAUUUAUUGGCUCCAAAAAUUAUUUUAUUAACUGCUCAAAAUCCUUAAUUGCAUCAGCUUCAUUAUGUGAAUCAUGAAUUUAGUUUAAAAAGGGAUUUUUUUAUGAUUUAAAUGUAGGAUCAACUUGUCAGAAUAAAUUUCUUUUUAAU